AUGGGCACGGUGAGGAACGAGUCGAAAUUGCAGAGUCAGGCGAAAGAAAAGGGAAAAAUCCAGGAGAAAGUCCAGACAUCCGGUGCCCUUCAGCCGCUGAGUCGACUGGAUCAGGUCAACAACAUGUCGCUGCUGGACAUUCCCCGCAGCGUGAGCAACAACUGCCCCCAUCGCCGCUAUUCCUCGUCGGCCGCCAGCACGGCCGAAAUCCACGUCUACGAAGACGACGAUCCGGAAGGAUCGAAUCGGUGGAGCCGCAAUCCCUCGGUCGGCAACGCCCAACUGUCAUGUGCUCCUGAUCUCUCGUCCAUCCAGUCAACAGGAGCCGCUCCCGCUCUCCAUGUUCCCUCGGCAGUGCCAGCGGCCCCUCACCGGAAUUGCCAGAGCAUUCGCACUCCCACCCACCAGGAGAAUCAACUCCAGCGGCGAGGAAGUCGCAACCGAUUGCGUUUCGCACUCAACAAGGAGCGCAAGGCGUCGACGACGUUGGGGACCAUCAUGAGCGCCUUCACGUUGUGCUGGUUCCCGUUUUUCGUGCUGGCCCUGGUCCGUCCGUUCAUGAGCCACCAGACGGCCUCGCUGGUCAUCCCUCGCUGGUUGUCGUCGCUCUUCCUCUGGCUGGGCUACGCCAACAGUUUCCUCAACCCCGUCAUCUACGCCACCACCAACAAAGACUUCCGGCUGCCCUUCCGCGAGAUCCUUUGCCUCAGGUGCAAGUCAUAA